GCGGCGCAGGAAGUGCUCGGCUGUUUUUCUUUGCUCCCCGCCCCCGGCCCGGAAGCACUUUUUCGGGAAGAUGGCGGCUGUGUCAGUGUAUGAGCCACCGGCUGGAGGUUUCUCUUUUGAUAACUGCCGCAGAAAUGCCUUUUUGGAAGCCGAUUUUGCAAAGAAAGGGUUCAAACUUCCAACAGCCCGGAAAACUGGGACGACCAUCGCAGGGGUGGUCUAUAAGGAUGGCAUAGUUCUUGGAGCAGAUACAAGGGCAACUGAAGGGAUGGUCGUUGCUGACAAGAACUGUUCAAAAAUACACUUCAUAUCUCCUAACAUUUAUUGUUGUGGUGCUGGGACAGCUGCAGACACAGACAUGACAACCCAGCUUAUUUCUUCCAACUUGGAGCUUCACUCCCUCUCCACUGGCCGCCUUCCCAGAGUUGUGACGGCCAAUCGGAUGCUGAAGCAGAUGCUUUUCAGGUAUCAAGGUUACAUUGGUGCAGCCCUAGUUCUGGGGGGAGUAGAUGUUACUGGACCUCACCUCUACAGCAUCUAUCCUCAUGGAUCGACUGAUAAGUUGCCUUAUGUCACCAUGGGUUCUGGCUCCUUGGCAGCAAUGGCCGUGUUUGAAGAUAAAUUUAGGCCAGAUAUGGAGGAGGAGGAAGCCAAGAAGCUGGUGAGUGAAGCCAUAGCAGCUGGCGUCUUCAAUGACCUGGGGUCUGGAAGUAACAUCGAUCUCUGUGUCAUCAGCAAGAGCAAGCUGGACUUCCUCCGCCCGUACUCAGUGCCCAACAAGAAGGGGACCAGGGCGCUGAGCAGGCACUGCCCUCUGUGCUGCGGCUCAGCUCAGAGCAGGGGCGAGGUUCUAGUUGGUUCGCUGACGGCGCUGGAAGGUGCCCAGGCCUGGUAGCCGCGCGUGUGUAGGUGAGCUGCUCAUCUGCAGCCCUGUACGGUCCUGAGCCGCUUGAGAGGUGGCUUCUGAGCUCCGCUUCCAGCUGCCUUCGUCUGAGCGCGCACAGCAGUGUUUAUGAGCUCAGCCCCCCAGCUCGGCCAGGGGACACAAGCACGUCCCCUGCCGCGGUGCUUUAAUUUCCACCACGUGCACUCUAUUCCAAAUCACGGGUGAUUCACAAGUGAAAAACAGAACACAGAGAACCAGCAGGUGUUCCCUGCAGUGUGUGCACAGCAUUGUGGAGACUCGUGCAUUCGUGACGGGCCGGGCAGCACAGCAGAGCGCUCUGGUCCAGGGUGGGACAUGCCGUUGCCUGGUGUGGUGCUUUGGGCACCUGUCUUGGAAUGAUGGAGCUAGAUGAGGUGACCUGGAACGAGCCUGUGGAAUUCCUUAGGCAGGAGGGGAAGCAGCCUCUCAGGCCUGGGGCUGUGUUGGGGAGCUCCCUGAAGGCCAGGUACCCCUGCCUGGCCCACUUCCCCCAUUACUUGCAAGAUGCUGAAUGAUUUGAACAAGUCCAUGGUGAAGAGAUGGGGAAGGAGGUGGUUACACUUUCCAGACUGUACAUUGUCCUCAGUGAGGACUCUGGAAGCCACGUUUGAGCCGUUGACAAGCAGUGUCUGUGGUCUGCACGCAGAGCCUGUGCUCGGUGCAGGAGUCCUGGUCCAGAGGGGAGUGUGGCCGUGGCUCAUCAUCCUUCCUUGGGACGGAGCCGCUCCUCUGUAAAGGAGACCGUAACGCACAGGAACAAAAUGAAAGGACCCCGGCGGCUAGUUGUGAAGAUCAGUGAGGCGGGUGAAAGGGGCCAGGCCCGUGUCAGGUGUCAGUACCAGCCCCCUGGGCGGAGCUGCCCCCUCCGGCCCGGGCACUGCAGCAGCAGCGUCUGCACUCUGGACUCUUACCGCCAUCUUUUCUGCCAGUGACUGAUGGCCACACCUGGGUUAGGGGGCCCGGUUCCCAGAGAAGAGUCAGGGCAGGGGCAGAGCCUUAGGUCUGGGCCGGCGUCCUGCGCCCAGUCCCAGUGUGGGACCUGACCAUGCGAGCUCCCACUGGCUCCUCUGCACUCAGCCCUCUGUUACCCGUUUUGCAGCCCACUGUUGCCUCAGGUAGAAGCCCUCCCCUCCCUUCAUGCUGCCAAAACCAGGUGCCUUAACCCAGGUGGUGAGGGGGCUCUGUGUGUCCGCACCUCCCACAGAUGUGUGGUGCAGGUGAGUCAGGUGCACAGGAGUCGCCUGGGGCUCUGGCUGCAAAACCACAAGCUGCCAAGGGUCCAUCCAGUGUGGGAGCAGGAGCACCAUUGUCACCCCAGCAGGGCAGGGGUGUGCGCAUCUUUAAAAGGUGCCUCUGCUUGGAUCCUUUAAGAGAGUGUGGAGGGGACUAUGGGAAGGGCAGCUGUCCUCUGCUGCACAAACUCCUGAAUUUGUACGGAGCUCUGUUACGUCAUCUUCUCUUUUCUGCUUCCUGCUACCUCUUUGAGCACAAGCUCUCAUUUAAGAGGUUGGCUUUUCAAGGAGCCUGUGGUCAUGGCACAGCCAGCAGUCUUCUCUUAGUCCAUGCCAGGUUGACAGGGAUAACGACCCAGUGGGGGACAGACCAGGGGAGCAGUUGCAUUUGUGCUGCUGUUUGACAGUGUUGUAAUUCCUAUGAAAUUAGCUGUUCACAUACGUAUCCUAUAGGCUGCCUUGUGCUCAGAGAAACCUGUCAGAGUCACCUUAGAAACGUCGCUUUGGGUAUGUCCUAGUGGUGACCUACCGUGCCCUGCAGACAGUCAGCUCUCCCUUCUCGAGUCUCUGGUGUGUGGU